AUGUGGGAAAGAACAACUAGUGGAGAACUCUUGGCCACGGGUUCAACUGGCCCAGCCUGGAGGACUGACGUCACAACAGUAAAUGGGAGUGACUACAUUCUAACCACAUCCUGUGACACUACGAAAUUUACCCUGAAUUUUCUCAUCAUCAUCAUUGCCCUGGUUGGUGUGGCAGGAAAUGCCAUAGUGUUAUGGCUUCUGGGCUUCCAAAUGCGCAGGAAUGCCUUCUCCAUCUACAUCCUCAACCUAGCUGGGGCCGACUUCCUCUUCCUCUGCUUCAACGCUGUGCAUUCCAUCCAGGUUAUCAUUAGCAUGUACCGCUCCAUCUUCAUCUCUGGGUUUUUCAAUGUCCUGUUUAACUUCACCUACCUCGCAGGUCUGAGCAUGCUCAGCGCCAUUAGCACUGAGCGCAGCCUAUCUGCUCUGUUGCCCAUAUGGUACCGCUGUCGAAGGCCAAGACACACAUCUGCUGCCAUGUGUGCCCUGCUCUGGACCUUGUCUCUGAUACUGAGUGCCCUGCAAGCGGAGGCAUGUGGCACCUUCUUUAACGGUUUUGCUCAUGGUUGGUGUAAGAGACUGGAUUCCAUCAUUUUUGCUUGGUUGAUUGUUUUACUUGUGGUCCUCUCGGGGUCCAGCCUGGCCCUGCUGCUCAGGGUCUUCUGUGGCUCCCACAGGAUUGCUGUGACCAGGCUGUAUGUGACCAUUGCCCUCACGGUGCUGGUCUUCCUGCUCUUUGGCUUGUCCUAUGGGAUCUACUGGUUCCUCUUAGAUUGGAUUGAGGAGCUUUAUAGGGUUUUCCCUUGUAAUGUUUUUGAAAUCUCAGCAUUCCUAUCCUGUGUUAACAGCUGUGCCAACCCCAUCAUUUACUUCCUGGUUGGCUCCAUCAGACACUGCAGGUUCCAGUGUCAGACCCCGAAGGUGUUUCUGCAGCGAGCCCUGCAGGACGUGCCCGAGGAGGAGGAAGGUGCAGAGAGGGGUUCUUCACGAAAAUCCGGAGAGCUAGAAACAGUCUAGUGCAAGCUGCGAGCAGCUUUGGUCAGAAAGAAGUGGCUUUGAGAGACAACUUUAUCUUUAUUAGUGUGGACUAUUUCCAUCAUUUUUGUCACUUCUUCACCUGACCUUAAAUCGGUUGAGUAAAUAAUCAGUCUUGUGGAACUCGAGUGGUAUGGGGCUUGCUAAAAAAAUACUGACUGUUGUACUCAGGGAUAUCCCAACUCCAAUAAUCAGUCUUGUGGAACUCAAGUGGUAUGGGGCUUGCUAAAAAAAUACUGACUGUUGUACUCAGGGAUAUCCCAACUCCAAUAAUCAGUCUUGUGGAACUCAAGUGGUAUGGGGCUUGCUAAAAAAAUACUGACUGUUGUACUCAGGGAUAUCCCAACUCCAAUAAUCAGUCUUGUGGAACUCGAGUGGUAUGGGGCUUGCUAAAAAAAAUACUGACUGUUGUACUCAGGGAUAUCCCAACUCCUUGUAAUGUUAGCCUUAUACUAACUCUAGGAUCCAUGGCUACUCCUACUGUUGAUGAAACCCUUCUAUAACAGGAUGCUGAAGGAAAGAUAUGCAUUUCUUUUGUCACUAAACUUGAUACUGAGUAAAUGACUAUUAAAUUUUUGUUUUGUGCCAAUUUCUAUUUUCACGGCCUUUGACCAGGCUGUGUGUGACUGUUGAACUAUCAGUACUGGUCUUCCUGAUCUUUGGCUUGUCCUAAGGGAUAACUGCCCUUAAUCUAGAGACAGGAGAGAAGCCCUAGUCCCUACUUCACAGGACCUGUCAGAUCUACAUGACCCCAAUUGGA